GUAAUUUUUUGAUGAAAUUAUUAUGUUCAACACGACCGAAUGCAGUAACAAAGUCGAUUAUGCAUACAUUUUACAUAUGUUCUAUCUUUAAGAAUUGAAUCUAAUAGGCUAACUAAGUGAUAUGUUGUUGAAGAUGCUAUUCGGGAACCAAAUUGUUUAUUAUAAAGUUUAGAGUUAAUGUCUUGGGUUAUCAAAUUUACAAUGAAAGUCUCAAAUAUGCGUGCAAAAACUGGGGUUAAUGAUAUCGGUCGUAAUUCUUCACACUUUGUAUCUUUCCUUACUUUAGUAGCUGCAAUUACAGUGGCUGUUUUCAAAAUGUCGAGGAAGGCUCCUUCGGCUGAACAUGUAUUAAAUAUAUUUGUAAGUGGUGGUGCAAUUUCAAAGGCAAACUCCUUAAUUAACUUAGCAGGAAAAAUCGUCUGGGUUACUAGCUUUCGAGACGUCAAGUCGCUCUAAUAGACGUUGUGCUUAGCGCCUGUAUAUAUUACUGGUGGGGAGGGGUGGGGGGGGCAAGUAAGUACGUACGUAGGGCGUUUCUUGAUCUUUAAUGGUUGAAGCCAGUACAUACUUUACCAAAAUGAUCAUUAAUUAGUUCCGCUGCGUUUUGGUCACUAAUCUCAGGCACAGACAAUCUCAUCUUCGGUUUAAAAUUUCAGAUGGUUUUGAUGUUCGAUUCAUGCAAUUUAGCAGAAUUAUCUAGUUUCAAGCUAAUGUAUUGUAUUCGGUUUAUGUUUCAUUUCAUCAUGAAUGUUACACAAUUUGUAGUCGAAGACGCAAACAUGCACAUCUAGCUCUCACGACCAAAAACAACUCCAUCCCAUAAGUACCGUAUCAAGACUUACCAUAGGUCAUUUGACAGUUAAACAGACAAGUACGGGCACCACACACAGUGGAGUUAAAUAGCUUAGUGGUUAAGAUGCUUGCUUUCUUAUCAUAUGGUCCUGGGUUCAAUUCCUUUGAUUGCAGGGCAUUUUCUUACACACUUAAACAACUCCACUUCUAUCCUAAACCUCUUAAAAGGAGACUUGGUUUAUAAAGCAUCACCCAUCCUGUAACUGACGAGUUCCUUGCUGUUGCAUGGGAAUUAAAUAAAAAGAAAUGUGCAUGUAUGUGUUGUCGUUGUUUAACAUUUUCACUUUUAUUUUGAAUAAUUUUACAUAUAGUUAAUCUGAAUUUUUUUUUAUAUACAAAUAUGUUAACUUUUUCUAUAUGGGUCACAUUUCUUUUGUCUGAACGAGCACUCUGUUAAUUUUAUUUAGUGGCGUAUUUAGAGGAGGGCGCUCUUCUAAACCAAUCCCCCCCCCCCACAAUCGCCUCCAUCAACCAUUGAAAUGUGCGAAGCAAAUUAUUCAAGCUCAAGCAGAUAAAAAUCACCUCUAACCACUUUAUUUUGCGAGCUAGCGCCCCUCAAUUAAUCAUCAAGCCUCCCCAUCCCAACUUUACCUUUUCCCCAUAUUCACCACCCCAUCUGUAUCAGUCACUGAUAUUAUAUUAUUUAUUCGUCGUAAAAAAACCAGUUAGAAUAACAAUGCAAACAUGGUUAAAAAAACGAGCACAUCUAAAGUCCCGCGAUGGAAUGGGCGACCAGGACCCAAAAAAGGGCCCCCAGUUUCAGAAAGUCACAUGGCCCCGGUCUAAUCGUUACGCCACUGACAAUAUUCCACAUUGAUUAACUUCUUCUUGGUCUAAUAGUGAUAACUACACUUGUUUCCAAGAUUGGGUUACUCAAAUAACUGUGUUGGAAGCCAUUAAGAAAUCAAUUGUACAUAACUUUGUUUGAUGUAGGACAAUCAAUAAACUAGAAAGUAAAUUUACUUUAUUCCUUUGGUCUUUCAAAAAUCUAUACAUUUAAUAAGGUUAAUAUUUCAUAAAAGCUAAAUACAUGACCAGUUUAAUUGUAUCUCACUUGUGAGCUUACUCUAAUUCAAAUUUAGGCGAUCCUUUUGAGAACAUGUUUUUCCGAAAAGUUCUAUUGGUCGUGGCAAUAUGUCGAGUACCUUCUCUGUAUGCUGUAUCAGACAACUGCGAGUUCUUCACCCAUAUGUUAAAAAAUAACGAAAAACGACUGGAAAACCAGGCCGUCGAGGUGAUAAACGGAAUUCGUUCCUUGACUGAAUGUUGGGGACGUUGCAUUCGUAGAUAUGACUGCAAGUCGUUCAAUUACGCAGAAACAUUGUCUGUAUGUGAGUUGAAUUCCAAUUUCGUGGGUUUUGGAGCACCUACCUUGACAAACGAUACUAAGUAUGUAUAUAUUACAACUGUUGACGCAGCAUCAUGCGAGCUAUCCUCAAACGCCAGCUCGAUGGAGUGUUGCUCAGAUGAUACGGGGAGCUACAACCUGGAACAGCGGUCGUGUCCUGCGUCUUCUUCAAAAUGGUGUACUUGCGUAAGCGGAUUCACUGGCCCUAAAUGCUCUUUAUCUCAUAGUUUUAGUGGUACAGCAGUCAGUUGCCAGCAAUACCAAGAAGCUGGCCAUAACGUCAGCGGCGUCAUGCAAAUUGACCCUAUUGGAAAUAAUACGUCCAAUGUCAUUUGUGAUAUGACCACCGAUGGAGGAGGCUGGACGGUCAUUCUCCGAAGAUCAGAUGGUUCUCGACUUUUUAAUAACACAUGGGAUGAAUACGUAAGUGGAUUUGGUUCAGUGAAUGAUGAGUAUUGGCUAGGAUUGGAGAAUAUUUAUCAACUAACUGCCCCAUCAAUUGAUGGAAAUCUUCGCGUAGAAUUAAGUGAUGCUUCUGGGAACAAGUUCUACGCAACAUACUCAUUCGGAAUUCUGGAAAACACCCACUAUGAAGCAAGGUUUACGUACAUCGAUGGUGAUGCAGUUGACAGCCUUUCCUACCAUGACAACAUGCAAUUCAUCACGCGUGAUCUAAUCAGCGUCAGCACUUGCGUUGGUGACGAAUAUGAGAUAGAAGAAACGAGCUAUCAACCAAAUGAAACCAAUUCUGAGAUGAGUGAAGCAGUUAUUGACGGGAUAAGUUGCAGUGAGUACGCUGGUGGAACCGGAUGGUGGUUUAAGUCUGGGUUGGUGAAAUGUACCGAUUGCUUCAGAUCUAACUUGAAUGCACCCCAUGGCAGCCUGGUAUGGGGAUCACUUGAGAACUUAAAACAAGUAGAGAUUAAGUAUCGCAAAUAGAAUAUCUUGGUCUAUACAAGUGGUGUUUAACUGACUAUUCAUGAGUGUUUAAUAUUGCCAUAAUUCCAAAUUUUUCCGAACCCCUUUUGUGCCUUAGAAAAAUCAAUUAUGCAACAUAUCAAACGAAUUUUCGUCCAGAGCCUGACUUUAAAAUAAACAUGACCAUAGACACAUAGUUCAUGGGAAUUGAUCGCAUUAUCCUCCAAAACUCUUUCACUUAUUUGAUUCACUUGUGAACGAUGUUUAAGCAUAAGGGAAUGAGGAUGAUACUUGUAUUAGCAACCAGUAACACUUAGUCAAGGAUGGCUUUCGUCAUUCAUAACAUAAUCUCAUCAAACUUGAUCGCCAUUCGUCAAUUGUAGUCUGGGUGUUUUUUAUCAUCCUCAUAACUUCCCCAGCAAACAAAACAAUAAUCUAAUGCACCUGAAACCGACUUAUAAAAUGGUGUCAGGAAUCUACCCCAGACAUUAAAUGAAUUGCACUUUCUCGGAUACAAUAUUCUAAAUAAGAUUAUUUAUCCAAA